AAGACGGCGAAUACGACGGAGGCAAGCGAGGAGACUGAGAAAGAGAAGGAAACAACAGGCGGCGCAGCGGAAGAGAACGAGACGCGGGAGAAGGCAGCGGUAAAAGCUGGGGACAGCAAGGAGCACCUCUGAGGAUGGCACGCUCAAUACCCACGUGGUGUCCAACUCAAUCGGCCGGCCCGAGUAUAUACCUGGCCGGCCGAUUGAGUUGGACACGGCGGCACGGGGACACGGCGGCACGGCGUGAGUCUUCUCGGUAUAUGCGUCAUCAGGUAGCAAAUCUAUGGUUAUGCCGAACCUUGACGGCUCCAGGUUA